AUGGGGCACGCCACGCCGGCGCUGCUUCCCAGCAGGACACUGAGGCACCCAGAUGCGAGUUUUGGGAAGAGGCUGGAGCUCGGGCAUGGACGGCGGGAGAGAGCAGCGAGGGCAGGGCAGGGCAGAGUGGUGGGAACCGGGCUCCGGAGGACACAGCCUGGCUCCAAGCUCGGCCUCACCACCGGGGACUCGGUGGCCUGGGCGGGCGACGCCAUCCUCCCUCAGAUUCCUGACCUGGGCUGUGGGGCCAGAAGAUCCCCCACCGCACGCCGGCUGGAUCAGCGCGCAGGCACCAAACGUUCCUGUCCCGCGCUCAAGAAGGAGGGGCCGGAGGGCCCCGAGGAGGGCGCGCCGGGCGAGUUCAUCUACCUGAACAGGUACAAGCGGGCCGGCGAGUCCCCGGACAAGUGCACCUACACCUUCAUCGUGCCCCAGCAGCGGGUCACGGGCGCCAUCUGCGUCAACUCCAAGGAGCCCGAGGUGCUGCUGGAGAACCGCGUGCACAAGCAAGAGCUGGAGCUGCUCAACAGCGAGCUGCUCAAGCAGAAGCGGCAGAUCGAGACGCUGCAGCAGCUGGUGGAGGUGGACGGCGGCAUCGUGAGCGAGGUGAAGCUGCUGCGCAAGGAGAGCCGCAACAUGAACUCGCGGGUCACGCAGCUCUACAUGCAGCUCCUGCACGAGAUCAUCCGCAAGCGCGACAACGCGCUCGAGCUCUCCCAGCUGGAGAACAGGAUCCUCAACCAGACGGCCGACGUGCUGCAGCUGGCCAGCAAGUACAAGGACCUGGAGCACAAGUACCAGCACCUGGCCACGCUGGCCCACAACCAGUCCGAGAUCAUCGCGCAGCUCGAGGAGCACUGCCAGCGGGUCCCCGCCGCGCGGCCCGUGCCCCAGCCGCCCCCCGCCAGCCCGCCCCGGGUCUACCAGCCGCCGCCCUACAGCCGCAUCAUCAACCAGAUCUCCACCAACGAGAUCCAGAGCGACCAGAACCUGAAGGUGCUGCCGCCCCCGCUGCCCACCAUGCCCACCCUCACCAGCCUCCCGUCCGCCACAGACAAGCCGUCGGGCCCCUGGAGAGACUGCCUGCAGGCCCUGGAGGACGGCCACGACACCAGCUCCAUCUACCUGGUGAAGCCGGAGAACACCAACCGCCUCAUGCAGGUGUGGUGCGACCAGAGACAUGACCCCGGGGGGUGGACCGUCAUCCAGAGGCGCCUGGACGGCUCUGUCAACUUCUUCAGGAACUGGGAGACCUACAAGCAAGGGUUCGGGAACAUCGACGGCGAGUACUGGCUGGGCCUGGAGAACAUCUACUGGCUGACGAACCAGGGCAACUACAAGCUGCUGGUGACCAUGGAGGACUGGUCUGGCCGGAAGGUGUUUGCCGAGUACGCCAGCUUCCGCCUGGAGCCCGAGAGCGAGUACUACAAGCUGCGGCUGGGGCGCUACCACGGCAACGCCGGCGACUCCUUCACCUGGCACAACGGCAAGCAGUUCACCACGCUGGACCGAGACCACGACGUCUACACAGGAAACUGCGCCCACUACCAGAAGGGAGGCUGGUGGUACAACGCCUGCGCCCACUCCAACCUCAACGGGGUCUGGUACCGCGGCGGGCACUACCGGAGCCGCUACCAGGACGGCGUCUACUGGGCCGAGUUCCGCGGGGGCUCCUACUCGCUCAAGAAGGUGGUGAUGAUGGUCCGGCCCCACCCCAACACCUUCCACUAAGCCGGCGCCCGCCGGAGCCCCCGGCCACGCCGGCCCCUCGGGCCGCCGAGGGCCGAGCCCCAAGCCACCGGCGGAACUGAGUGGACACAGGCGCCUCUUCCCCGCUCGUUCUCUCCACACCAGCCCUCGCCAGACAGGACAGACCCACAGGCAAGUCUUUCCUUCAGCCAGUGACGUCCCCACAAUGAAACACAGUGCCCACGUGGACGGGCCUGCCCGUGCACGCCUGUGGCCACCGCAGGUGAGACCCGACGCCCCAGGCGCACCCACCCCGCGCGUCCAGGCCUCGUGGCCGAGCUGGAACCGCGAUUUCGCUCUUAGGAAAAAACAUUUCUUCACCGCGUGUCGCUCGCCUCCAAGAGCCGGCCGCCCGCUCAGCCGCCGCUCCCACCGGCCUGGGCUCUUCCGGGAAUGUGGGGGGGCCUCGGCUUCCUCGCUCAGGAACCCCUCGGGGCCCCUAGUCAGACGUCAGGCUCCCGUCCCUCUGCACUGCCCCCCACCUCGGGCCCCCGCCUCUCCCGCCUUGCCCGGGGUGGGGGGAGCCCCUGCAGUGCCCCCAGCCCUGCCCCGCCCGGCUCCCCUCACCACUCCAGCCCCGCCGUCUGUCUGUCCUCAGCUUCCCUCAGAUCCCCAGCCCCCGAGGAGGGGGCAGUCAGGGCUCCAGUUUCCUGGUCAGGAGAGGGACAGCCAGACCCCAGAGCUGACCGCUGGCCGCAGGUGAUGUAUCGCCGUUGUGUAUUCCUGCUCACUUGUAGCCGACGUGCCACGAUAACCUCCACAGAGAUAAUAACCUUGCCGGAGACACUCGAGUGAAGGGACAUCACCGAGUGUCAGGCCCCGGCGGCGCCAGGCCACAGCCCCGGCCUCGGCCACAGCCCUCCCCAAACGACACCUCCCGAGCCCAGGCGCCAGACGCGGGAACUGGCCCCUUCCGGGGAGUCACUCAGAGCUGGGGCGCAGAGCCCCUCGGCCGUGCACGCGGUGGCGCUGUGGGAGGUCUCUGGGCCGUGCAGGUGCGCCGGACACGGCCCAGCAGGGGAGAGACAGGAAGAAGGCGAGACCGCCGGGGCGUGGCCGGGCGUGGAGACGGCGGGCGCGGGUCCGGCCGGGCCUGGCGUGCGCCGAUUACCUCAGCAUCCUCACCGAGUGCGCCGCGGAGCAUGUUUGUGUACAUAAAAGGGAAGGUUUGUUUUUUAAUAUAUGCCCAGAUUAUCCUGUAUUGACACAAUCUGCAAUAAACGCUGUCAUGCUGCG